AAGAUGGAAGAAGUGGAGGGAGACGGAGAAGAUGAGAGGAGUGGGAGGGCCGUUAUUGUGCAUAGGAGAUCUGCUCAGCGACGUCGGGGAAGAAUCCGGUGCAGCAUCAGACCAUCAUGAAACCCAGCCUUCAUCAUCACCAUCAACGGAAAUUUCUGAUUCCAAUCAAUCUGUUGACCUUACCAGACUCUUUCAGGAAAAUUAUGACACCUUGAAUGAGGCACUUGCGGGAUCUGACCACUCAUGGACAGGUUUGACUUUGAAGCUAUGCACUGCUCUGGAAACAGCAAACAAACUGGUUCAGUCCACCAAUGUGAAUGCUAGAUUACUGUCUGAGAAGGUUGGAGUACUGGAGAAAAUUGUCAAGAGCGGAGACUCUGCAGUAGCAGCUGCCAGGACACUUCAUGUCUCCCUAAAUCAAAAAGUAGGACCAUGUAACGCCAGUUAAAACAUAGAAUGAUCUUGUUUCAGCAGGUGCAGUGUCGUUUAUACACUUCUCUUGUUGCCUGUUUGGAGUAUGACCUGUUUAACAAUUUUUUUUUUAAUAGAGACCAAAACGAUUUCCUGCAUUUGAUGUAACAGAACAAUGCUUUUUCUUACUUACUGAAAGUUUACCAGCGAAGGAGAUGGUGGUACUUGAAGCACAA